UAAAAAUAGAAGACGAUUUCUUUGCAAAAAAGAUCGGAUGGCAGGUUUUCAUUUCGGGCCACAUGAUCUACCACCUGUUUUACCUACGUUUUUCUCAGUCCGAGCACAGAUUCCGACUGACGAGGCAAGUGUUCUAAAAAAAGAGAAAAGAGCUGCUUUGCAAGCUCCAGUCAGGAUCUAAAAGUAACUUUUGUGAAGUGAAGAGUGUUGCGAUACGGGCUUAGGUGGACUUACAUCACGGAUUGUUUUACAAAAAACCAUCGUGUGUGCAUUGUGACAACAUCGAACAGUGUUUAAAUUAAUAAAUUCAAAGUUAUGGCUGAAAGUCGAGGCAGUCUUCUGGCCAAAUCUGUUCAAAAACAUGCAGGAAGGGCAAAGGAAAAGUUGUUACAAAAUCUUGGCAAAGUGGAUCGGACGGCCGACGAAAUUUUCGACGAACAUUUACAGAACUUCACACGACAACAAAACGCUGCCAAUAAACUUCAAAAAGAAUUUAGUAAUUAUAUUAGGUGUAUAAGAGCAUGCCAGGCGGCAUCAAAAACACUUUUAGAAGCGAUAGGAGAAAUAUACGAGAGUCAGUGGACUGGUCACGACCUUAUGUACAUUCAAACUCAAUCAGUCGACAUGCUUUGGCAGGAUUUCAGUCAUAAAUUAGCGGACCAAGUUUUACUUCCAUUAAACACAUACCAAGGACAGUUUCCAGAAAUGAGGAAAAAAAUCGACAAAAGAGGCCGAAAACUCGUAGACUACGACAGCCAACGACACAGUUUCCAAGCUCUCCAGACUAACAUGAAGAAACGCGACGAAGCGAAAAUCGCCAAGGGCAGAGAGGGUUUAGAAGAGGCCAAGCGAACGUACGAAAUGUUAAAUUCCGAAUUGCACGACGAACUUCCGGCCCUGCACGAUUCCAGGAUCUUGUUUUUGGUCACGAAUUUACAGUCGAUGUUCAACGCCGAACACACUUUCCACACAGAAUCCGCGAAGGUGUUUGGAGAGUUGGAAGCGAUCGUCGAUAAACUAGCUACAGACAGUCAACGAGGAUCGUAUAGUGUUAAGAAAACAAACGGAGCAAGUCUUCCACGCCCCACCAGCCUUACUAAAAAUAAGGAAUUAAUUAUCAACAAUACUUCCAAUCUCAAUUCGAACAGAACCGAAGAACCCGCGCAAUCUCCUUCCAAAAAACUAUCCCUCACCAAAUCCGAAUCAACGGAAAAAACACCCCCCUCCACGCCUACCAAACCAGACAGUAAACAAGUCACGCCCUCGACAGACAAAUCCUCUCCCACGACCCAAGAGAACCUUACCCCCACGACCCCAGAAAAACUUUUUCCUAGCACCCCGACGAGUACCACAGGCGUCACGAAACCGGAAGUGAACGGCACGACCACGCCAGACGGUACUCGUUCCCCCUCCCCCUCCCACACCACACAGCCAGUAAAUGACAAGUCCGCUACUAACAACAAUGCAAACAAUAAAAAAGUUGAGGAGCUUUACGAUAUACCAGUAGGUGCCAGUACUGACAACUUACCCCCUGGCGUGCUCUACCGAGUGAAGGCCACUUAUAAAUACAAUAGAGAAGAUGUGGACGAACUGUCCUUUGAAGUUGGAGAAGUAAUUUCUGUUAUCGAGUAUGAUGAUCCAGAAGAACAGGAAGAAGGCUGGCUGAUGGGCAUAAAAGACAACGGCGAGAAAGGCAUGUUCCCCGCGAAUUUCACGAGACCACUGUAAAAAAAAUAUAUAUAAAAGAAAAAACACAUUUCGAGGGUAAUUUUUUCAAAUUAUACUUCUAGCGAUAUUUUCAAAAAUAUAUAUAUAAGCGGCGCGUAAUUUUUGAUGCGCCCUGUAUAAUGAACAAGUGCCUUACUUCAUGAUAUAUUUUUAUAGGUUUUUUUAUUGUUUGAAGAUUAUUUUAACAUCGAAUAAUACUGUUUGUUAUUUUUUUUUCUCUCAGUUCAUUGAGUCGACGCGAAACCGGGCAAUCGAACGUGUUUGUGACUGCAUUGACAGAUCGUGUCAAAUGAAAUUUAUAAUUUAAUGUUGGCGCGUUGAAUGAUUGGGAUACUGAUAAUCCACCUCGCAAAUUACAGUGGUGGAAUAUUUGGGUGAUACUUUGGCCUAAACAUUCCACCACAGAAACGUUUUUGUUAAUUAAUUUAGCUCAUAAAUUUUUUUAGAAGGUAUUAUAUUUAAUUUUUAUAAACAUUUAAAUUAUAUUAUUUACGGUUGUCUCAUAGAGUUACUCAGACUGAUCGUUUAUUAUUUGAGUAUUAAAAAAAUUUAUUUGACAAAAACUGUCAGUAAUGUCAACCUGUAAAAACGUUCAAGCACUCGUUUGCCGAUUCGACGUGGCCAAUACACAUUGUUAUCUCUUUAUAGAAUCUAUCAACUUGUUUUUUUUUGUAUUUGAAUACUCAGCCGAAAAUUUUCCUCUGCAUUUUUUUCUUAUUAUAAUUUUUCGUUUAAGCAUAACGUUGUUAACUUAUAGGUUAGAUUGUAUCCACUUAUAUACGUAUUUUUUAUUUCGAAUAGAAAGAUACAAAACAGUGAAGGGUAAAAUUUGGCAACUAAGGGAAACGAAAUUUUUACGAAAUUUUUAUUUUUUUUUUUAAUCGGCCAAUUUUAAAAAUAUUUCCUAUUAAUGAUUAAAAAGUAGAUAAUAUUAAAAAAAUUCUAUAUUUCACCGUUAUUUAAUGAAUAAUUUAAUUAAAGCUGAUAUAUACCCCCGCCCCCCCCAAAAAAAUUGUCACAUCUAUUUUGAUUCGCUUUGAAAUUUGCUCAAAUAAAUCGUUUUUGAAUUCGUCGAGGUAAGAAGUGAGUCUAGUCAAAGAUAUAAAUCAAAGUUUCCUUGGAAAUCGUUUAUUUUUGUGCCUUAUGCUCUUCUUCGUACCAUAAUAACUUUUUAUGUAAUACGCUUUAACGGCCUUACACUCUUCCCGUUCUACGGCUCUGCGUUUUUUGAUAUAAAUUAUUUUGUACAAAAUCCUCCAAAUUGCUGGUUAAAGAUUAUUUAGUACCGUAAAGUACCGAUAAUUCGAGAUAGGAGCUGUGGUUGCCUCGGAUUAUAUGGAAGACUAUUUAAGAAUUAAGUUAAAAAGAAACAUGAAUUUAUAUUAAUAACAAAUUGUCUUGGCUUCUGUUUUGUAAAUAAAUCCUCGAAUUAUCGUGGACUCUUCGGGUAUUAUCAAAAAUUGUAUUUUUUCUAACAUGUUUGGAAAGUUUGAAUAAAUGUAUUUGCUGUCUGGUACAAAAUAUGGAAUAUGUUACACACAAUAAUUUAGUUUAAAAUGAAAUAUAAAAAACCUGAUAUUUUUAAAUUUGAUGCUUCAUUAGACCCGUUAUGCAUGUUCAGAAGGCAGGAGAGACUUCCUCUUAGGCCAUCAGCUCUCCUACUCUUUUAAAGUAGUUUAUAACGUCGGCAAUAGGUAUCUAUUUUAUAUUUGAUAGGUUGCACAUUCCUUAGCCAGAAUUGCUAAGUGAUCUGUGAAAACCAAGAAAAAGAAGUAAUGUUCCUUUACAUCCUCAUAUGCUUUUCACUUAGCAUAUUUUGCUCCUUCAACACAUCCAUAUCUUAAUCACCUCAUAUAUGACAACUUCACCAUCAGCGGUUUAGUCUCCAGAGGCUCCUUUAGUAUCUCUCCAUUGAGUGUUUGAUGCCAUUUAACGUAAGAGUCCAGUUACAGGCCUAGGCGUGACCAUCGUAAUAUAGAAUCCUGAACUAUUUGGCAGAUACGACCGUAGAUUAUCUAUGAUUUGUUUGUCCCUGUGUUCAUUUUAUAAAUUUGCAGUUGUUUAAUUUUUGAGAUUUUGGCGUUGGGUUGUUUACUAAUCCAAUUUAUGUUAUUAACUUAAUUAUGAAUUUUGAGUUGGGUCAGUUUUGAAGGAAGUGUACUAUUUGUCUAUUUUACAUUCGCAGAAAAUGUAGAGCACUUUGAAAGGAAAGGAAGUAUGUGGUUCAUGUUAAUGGAGGUUUCAAAUUAAAAAAAAAAAAUAUCAGAAAUAUUGGGCAGUAUCUUGUAUCAAGAUUGGCCUAAAAAAAAUUGUUCCAUAUUUUUAUACCUACAAUUGCCUUCAAAAGUCUGGCACCAUAUGGAAAACUUUAUUAUUUUAUAAAAAAAUUGGUGGUCUAUAACCCAAAAUUCAACAACCAAAGAUGAAAAUUUAACGGGAUGUAUCCGAAAAACAUUAAUUUGUAUUAAGAAUUUUUUUAUUACAAACUGGUGCAUAAAUUUGUCAAAUGUAUUUUUUUUAUGUAACAGAUAAAAUAACGUAAACUUUACACCAAGAAUGCCAAUAAUUUAAUAGAAGUUUUGAAGUAAUUUCAGAAACUUGUCGAAAAUCAUGACUAAAGUAAUAAUUAUUUCUAUUAUUUGGUCUAUUAAUCCAAAUUUAAAUUAUUUAGAUCAGAAAGAGAUGGAAAAAUUACUAAACAUGUUUUUUAAGACAGUUGCUUUUACUACAAAUUUAAAUGUAGUGUUUUUUAAUUCUAAAACAACUUUUCGAUAAUGUUAAAAUUAAGAGUUUAUUUGGACUGCAUUAUGCAAUAACGAAUUAAGAGACAAAAUUCAAAAUUCGAGUAAAUAGUGCCAUCCUUUAAUAAUCAUUGAAAUUUAUAUUACAUAACUUAUUCUUAGUUAAAAUUCCCUAUUUUACUUAACAAAACACGUAAAUGUCGCUCAAAUCACUUCACAGUUGCAUAACGGGGUAAUUUUUAAGUUAAAUGUAUGUUUUGAAUCACACUUUGAAUAUGACUCAAACAUUUUAAUUUCUGAUGAGUACAGUUUCAGUUUUAAACCAAGAACCAACCUUAAUCUGGUAUCAUUUUUUUUUUUUUUUUUGAAAAAUAUGAAAAAAAAGUUUUCCAUAUUGUUUAGACUUAUGGCGGACAGUGUGUAAUUAAAAAAAAGUUAAUUUACCAAUUUUUGUGUAUAGACUUUUUAACCGCAACAUCUAAGGCAACGUUUUUGUCUAUAGAUAGCAUACUGAAAUUUGCACGGAAAUUUUGUACAAUUUAAUAAAUUUUCUUAAAAAUUAAAUUUCGCGCUAUUUUUGUAGCUCGAAAUUUGUCACUUUUUCUAGAAUUUUAUUAAUAUAAUAACCCGACUGGGGAGUGUAAAUUCUGUGAAGUAUUUUUUCUCGUAGUUAUCUGAAUAUACUCUAGCUAAGGAUUGUUAUCAUAUUAUUAUUAUAAUCAAGUAUUGUGCGAUAGAUUUUAACUUAUUUUUAUUCUUUUUAAUUAUGUUGUAAUAUUUUAUUAACUUAUUAUGUGGAGUGUAUGUUUGAUUUACUUGAAAAAUAAAGAAAAAGUAUCUAAA